AUGGCGCUUUGGGAAUCACUAGUGAGCAAUGUCUUUGGCGGACUUUCAAAUGAUUUCAAGAAAAAGAAUUUUUCCCUAUACGGACAAUGGAUCAGUAUUUUCACCAUCUUUUUGUGCAUAGCAUUGGGGAUAGCCAAUAUAUUCCAUUUCAACUUGGUCAUCAUCUUUUCAGUCAUAUGUCUAGUUCAAGGGUUGAUUGUUAUAUUUGUUGAAAUACCAUUCCUUUUAAGAAUAUGUCCAUUAACCGACACGUUUACCAACUUUGUUAGAAAAUUUGAUGGAAAUUUACCAAGAUGUGGGUUCUACCUGUUGAAUGCAGCAAUCCAGUACCUAAGUUUAACAUUGCAAGCUACGAGUUUAAUUGUUGUUGCCGUAUUUUUCACAUUAUCGGCUGCUUGUUAUGCUUUAGCUGCUGCUAAGAAUCAAGAGUACUUGAAGUCAUCGAUUGAUGUGUCAGGAACUGGACAAGGCGGUGCUUUAGAGGCUCAAGUUGGAGAACACGUUGUUAGAAAUGUUUUGUAG